AGUGUUCGCCGUGCUUCAGGCGCUUACGCGCAAACGGACAAGAGAGUGUACUUUGGUACGACUGUUUAUCGCGCUAUUCUCCUCAGUUAUCCUCUCAUUUUCCUCAGCAUUUCGGGAAUAUUUUUGGACGCACUGCUUGCGCGACAGCUUGUGAUCUUUUACGAAUGGAGCAGCCAAUGACGCCUCAACAGUCCGGCCAGUUUGUGUUCGAGCGGAGCCGGGAUGUGUUCGUGGAUGAAGAGGGUGUAGAGAGCGUAGCAGAAAUGCUUUACAGGCUGAGGGACAGUGAGGAGUUCACAGCCAGCGGCUGGAAGAAGAUGAACCCCCUCGCACCCGCUCCGGACACAGACGAGGCGAUCAACUGGGUGCUUGUGACAGACACCAUGAACUUCUCCUUCUGGCCCGACAGAGAGGACCAACAGUGUGAAGUUAGUUAUAAAGGAACCAUCUAUCGGGGAUACAUGUCUCUGUGUGCAGCCAUCACCAGGGCUAUGGAUGAGGGUGUGCCUAUCACAGACCCUGCUUACUUUUCUCAGUUGAGUGAGGAAGAACUGGGGCAUGUCCUUCAGUCAGACAAUGCCACCCCCAUGCCCAUGCUGAAGGAGCGUCACCAGGCCCUCACCGAGGCCGGGCGAGUGCUUCUGCAGCAUGGUGGAUCUUUCCGGAACUUCCUGAGCCGUGCAGGAAAUGAUGCUGAGAAGAUGGUUCGCCACAUUGUGGACAAUCUGCCCUCAUACAGGGAUGAAGCCACCUAUGAGGGCAAGAGGAUUUCCUUCUAUAAAAGGGCUCAGAUUCUUGUGGCAGAUUUCUGGGGGAUUAUGGAAGCACGAGGAGUAGGGAACAUACCUAACCUGGACUGCCUGACCAUGUUUGCUGACUACAGAGUACCACAGGCCCUCGUCCACCUGGGGGCGCUACGCUACUCAGACACACUUAUGGAGGCACUGAAAAUGGGUGAGUUGUUGGUUUCAGGUGAAAGGAGAGAAGUGGAAAUUCGAGGCUGCUCUAUAUGGUGUGUGGAGAAAAUCAAAAAGCACCUGUGGAAGCUUGUGCACGAGAGAGACGGAAAACGCUGCAACAUCAAUUCUGCGCUCAUCGACUUUUACUUGUGGCCAUAUGCAAAACAACAUCAUAAAGAGAUGGCUCACAUCCCCAUACAUCAUACACGUUGCAUAUAUUAUUGAUAUGAACUUAGCAUUCUGGAGAAGAUCUAAAUAGAUCUUUGAUGACGUCUGUGAAACGUUCCGUUUCCUCCCCCAGUGUUUGUAUUUUAUUUUAAAAAUAAAGCUAUAAAUAACUCAAGUAACUCAAAA